AUGAAAGAUAUUUUCGUAAGUCAACACUUCAGUAUCAAUACCAAUAUUUUCAAUAUCAACACUGGCAAUAUCCCAAGAUCUAUCAAUACCGUCAAUACCAAAACUCAAGAGUAUUGGUAUUGGUACAUGCCUAUGAACAUCUCGAAUUGUGAAAAUCUUGUUACUGAACGAUUAGAAGAGAUCAAGGACAAAGUCGAGCAAUACAACAAGCAACUGGACGACAAACGAAGACAAUUAAUUGGAUUUACAUCAGCCAUUGAAGAUACAAUCAUACAGUAUGUGCAACGUUAUGGCAUUAUUCCGCUUCAAAUGAAAACUGAUCUCAAAAUAGCCUUGCUCGGGCAUGAUUACAAUGCUACCAUACUUCAAAGGAAAUAUGAACGGGAAAAUCCAAAUGAAUAUCAAGUUCAAGUAGCGCAACGGCUAUGUACAGCGAGACAUAAACUGGAACAAUCGAAACGUGAAUUAAUCGAGUUAAAACAGCGAGUAUUCUACUACAAAUUUCCUUCUGGACUCGAAGAUACUGGCGCAUCGCCAUUGUUAUUGACCGACUCGACAACAGCUUACAGUACUGCCCAUCAUAAACUCUUACUCGAAGAUAAACAUGAGAAAAUAUAUCAACGAGAGAAACUUGAUUCUCUCGUACCACAUGUAAUUCGAGCAGAAACCAGGUAUCAUCAAGCAGACGACAAAUUCAACAUCGAAUACACUACCAUGCUAAAUAAUCAUCGCAAUCUUGUACGAAACAAAGGAAUGACAACGGCGUUAAGUAGUUUGUUGGAACAACGUCUGAGCAAUAUUACCGAUCGAUUACGAGAUAUUCACUAUUAUCGAAUCAAUUUCCUGCUUCGCAGUUCUUAUGGUGAUCUAGAAAACAUGUACAAACAAACAGAACCUAACCAUCAAGUGAACAGCAAUACAUUUCUGUCGAACGUGAUUAGUGAUACAAUGCAUGGCUUGAAUAUGAAGCAAAUACAACUACUCAGUAGAGGACCAUGCUACGUGCCACCGUGCCAGUCACGACUUCUCUCAUCAUCUUCCAAUCUAACAAGCACGUCAGUUGCAGACAUCGUCAAGAAACAGUAUGCACCAUUGAAACAUCAAAUAGCUGGUCUUCUUUCAAAACAUCGUAUCAAUAUUGUUUCGUCAUGGGAUAUCCAUUCAAAUCUACACCAAAAAUUUACUGAUCGUGUUGCCAUUUCAAUUCCACACCAUGUUCAGCAACGCACCAUGUACGAGAUGAAAUUAGUUCAAUCGAUACACUAUAACCGUAAAGUCAACAACCUUAUUCUGCAACGAACAGCCGACAAUCGGAAUACUUUCUAUAUUGGCAAUCGAAAAGAAUUCGACACGAAAGCAAACAAACACAUGGCAAAAUCAGACGAUAUCUAC